UGGUUGUUUACAUAUUUCACUCAAGAAAAUGAAGAUCUUCUUUGCUACUUUGCUUCUGUGCGCUCUUCUUUUCAGCUCUUCUUUCUUGGAACCUGUCAUGGCUGCCUCCCUUUUAUGUGGCAAGAAAUGCAAUGAUAGAUGUGCAAGAGCAGGAGUAAAAGAUAGGUGCAUGAAAUACUGUGGAAUAUGCUGUGAACAAUGCAAAUGUGUACCUUCUGGAACUUAUGGAAACAAGCAUGAGUGCCCUUGCUACAGAGACUGGAAGAACUCUAAGGGCAAGCCCAAGUGCCCUUAAAUUAUUAUUAUUUUUUAUAUGUUUUAUAAGAAUUUCUCAUGAAUGAGAGUUUUUAAUUUGAUUUUGUAUUGGAAAUCAAGUGUUAAACUCAAGAUUAAUAAUUGAGUAUUUAAUUAAGGUAGUGUAAUAAAAGUGUAUUUGUUACUAGUAAUGUUUGUUGUAUUCUCACUUGUGUUAUUUUAUUAUGGAUUGUGAUUA